UCUGUGAAUAUGCCCGUUAACAAAUCACCCAUGAUUAAUAAAUUAGGAAUGAUAUCUUCCUCUUAUCAUGAAAAACUCUUGAGGUUUAAAAUUCAAAAUUUAAGGAAAAGAAGGAAAAAUAAAUCAAAUCCAUCAUUUUCAAUCACAAAAGAAUUCAUCUUGAGAUUCAACGAAACAAAAAAUCCAAAAGAGAAGAAAGAAUUGUUGGACCUAGCUAGAAAAAACAUUCUAAGAUGUAAGAGAAAAUUGGGUCUCAAAACCUUAGGCUCUGGGAAGCAUGUACAUCUUCCUACCGCAUGGAUGGAAGUAAUGUAUCUCGCUCAGUGCAAAGGAGAAAUCCAAGAUGAAGCUUUAAAUAUGCUUUAUGCUUCCCUGGACCAUGCUUCCUUUGAUUAUGAUCAUCUGCCUACCUUAUUUUUUGUUGCGGAAUCAGUUUUAUAUAGACUCUGUUGUGAUGCAUUCCAAAAGACAUACUUAUAUUCAGUUGAAAUAAAGCUGAUAAAGAUUGGCUAUCUGGUCUUCUUACGACUUUUUAUAUAUUUCCUGCAUGGUCACCUAGAAAGUUUUAAACAACAUUUAUUUAGGCUUCAACCAUAUUUAUACGCACUUUGUUUUUCUGGAGAGUCAUAUUACAAGUAUCCAAACAUCUUUUCAAAUGUGCAAUUCAUUCUGAAAACCAUGGAAAUUAUAUGCAAAAGAGAACUCCUCUCUGGAUCAAUUUUUAGCCCUGUGGAAAACAAGAAAAGCUAUAAGAACAUAGAUUCUGAUAUGGGAGGAUAUGAAGUUAACCACCUGCUCUGGCACUGUGUUGCUGCCUGGUCAUGUGUUCAGAAGAAUUGUCCUCAGCUGAAUAAGGUGCUUGAACAUCUCAUCUUUCAUAAAGUGCAGCUUCAAAAGAAAUGCUGGUUGGAUUCAAUACUGGCUUUGUUGGUCCUUGGGGAGGCUGCCAAACUAAACAUGGCCUGCUUGAAAGCUUUAAUGGAACUAAUGAGAGAUUUUCUUGUAAGCAUUAUGUCUGUUCAAAACCAGGAGGAAGGCUGCAAAGUAGAUGACUUUUCCUGGGCCUGGAAUGUAGUAUACAUGUAUACAACAAUUCUUGCAGAAAUCUGCUUGUAUGCGACCACUUCUAAUUUGCGAAAAACUGCCCUUACUGGUUUCUGUGUCUGUAAAAGUUCACAAAAAGAUAUUUUACUCAUGGAUAAAUCAGAAGAACCACCAGAGUUGAAGGAAACAAGCAUUUUAGGUCUUUUGGAAUAUUUCUCUUCAAAAAUGUCAGAUAAUUGUGAUCAAGUGAUAUGGAUUGGAUACUAUGGCUUAAUGUAUAACCUGGUGAAAAUGUCAUGGGAACUUCGGGGAGAUGAUGAGCAGGAUGGAGUUAGAAACAAAAUAUGGCAAAUAUUACGGAAAACAAAGGAUCAUGAGAAAGAUGGGCGAAUCCAUAAUGGCAUAUAUAUAGCUCAGGCUGAGUUAAAUGACCCAACUGAUCCCUUCACUAAUUAUAGUACAAAAGUCUCAUCAAAUGUAGGGGAUGAAACUUUCUCUAAAUAUAUAGGAUGGAGAAUUGCCAAUGCUCUUUCCAAACUGUUCUUCCCCUCCACUGAAGCCCAUGUUCUUCCUUUGAAAGAACCAUUGAAAAAACAGGAUCCAGUGAAAUAUCUGAACAAAAAGGAUUACAUGAAGAAAAGAGUUCUACAUGUUACUAUAAGGGAACAUCCUUCUGUAUCAGAACUUCCCCUGUCUUCUUACCCAGAUUUCUUCACCAAGGCUGAUGAAGAGUUGGCAAGAAUCAUUGACCAUCAUUGGCAGGAAGAGCUAAAGAUUCGACAGAGAGAAGAUGCAAUAUGUGAGGCUCAAGAACGUAAAGACAAAGAGCUAGAGGAAAGAAAUCACUUCAGAGAAAUUAUGAAGAGGAGAGAAGAGAAACUACACAAGCAAACCAAACCCUACGAGCUUCCUCCUAGAACUGAAGUAAUUUCAUUAGAAAUAAAAUAA